UGCGGAAUAAGCUUGGACCUAUCAAGUAAGUCCUAUUAAGCCUACUGGUUCCCCGAGUUACAGGCUAAUUAUUAUAGGAAGAGAAUUGGAGAUAUCAUCAAUCCUAAAAGGAGUGACUCAUGGAUGGGAGGGAUUUUGAAGCCAUACUUCCCAAGAUGGGUAGAAACAAUUGACCAGGAAAUCCUCAAAGAAGUUGAUAAAAAUAUCCCAGGAAGAAUGAGAUCCUUUGAAUGGCCUUUGUUUCAGAGUUUGAAAGAAGAAAAGACCUUGAUGAAAUUUUUAUACUCAUUUAAAAACUUUUUCUCUGAGAAUAUUAAUCUGAACAGUUGAUUCUUUUUGGGUGGACCAAGCAAGCACGGCAAAUCUUGGCUCCUAAAUAAGUGAUUACAUCAAUUUUCGCAAUCUGGGGCAAGACCACAAGCAGCACAUAUGAAGAUACAACAAGGAAUGAGUUUUGAGAUGUUUUUGUAUGAAUUUGACCAUAAAUGAAUUGAAAUGUUAUGUAAACUAGCUCCAAGUUACUCAGAACUUGCAGAUAGAAUUGGUAAUGUUAUGAGCAGAUUCUAUGAGAACAUUCUUAUUGAGCAACAACUUUAUAAAAUUUUAAAGGAAUGACUUGAAAGCCAGGAAAAUCCUCUAGACAGUUGUCAUACUUUACAACUAAGAAUAGCAGGAGCAAGUGAUGUUGCUAGUGAUUUAGUUGGCAAAUAUGAGGGCAGAGAUUACAAAGAAACACCUAUAUUGGAUAAUAUAGAUACACUUGUAGAGUCUAUUAAGAGUAAUUAUGGUGGUGAUGAUAAAUUGGCUCUACUUUCAGUGUUCUAUGCUGUCAUGUUAGAAAAAGAAAACGAUAGAAAGCCUCUUCAAUUUUACAAUUGUGGAUAUAGGGAUGGCAGAGAGUCCUUAAACUUCUUUUUCGAUUUAAUUAAUGACUAUGCAGGCUAUACUGAGCUUUACUAUGAUGAAAUAAACAUGAGUGAGGAAGAAUGGAAGGCAAAGGUACGACCAAUGAGAAAGAACAGAGAUGAUCCAUAUCUCCAAGACAAUUACCCUCAUGUAGUAUUUGCUAUCGAGAAAGCAGAAAGAUUCCUAGAAAUUGGGGAUCAGAGAGCAGAAGAUUGGCUUCAUGCUUUAAUUCUCAGGCUUUAUAACGGAAGUAGAUAUAGGAGACAUUUCCCUGUAAUUUUAGAAAGUUCAAAUUCAUACUAUUUUGGAUACCAAAUUUAUAACAAAUUAAACUUAUGGAAUCUGGCAUUUCCCACUCUCCAUGUUGGAGGAUAUGGAUUUAAUGCACUUUCCCCGAAACUCUCCAAAAUCUACAGCCAAAAUCAACUAAAACUAAUCACCAAUACAUUCGGCAACUGAAUCUUCCAAACCCACCUAUUCACCGAAGUCGCUCUUCGCAGUUCCCAAAAAUUCUCCCACCUCCUAUCCGCCUCCACCACCACGCUCCCCGAAUUCAAACGCAUCCGCAACAUAUUCCUCAACCGCCUCAACAAACUCUACCUCAACCACAACCUCGGCCCCGAGCUUGACUCCGGUGAAAUUGACUUCCUCAUCCUUCACUUCCUAAAACGCAUCUUAAAAUCCAGGACCAAAAUGAUCAAAAUCCAACUAACAAUAGAUUUACCUAUCCUAGAAGAGCCUGUAGUACAGGCUUUUCUCGAAGAGAAAAUCCUGUAUGCUGAGAAGCACUCAGGUUACAUCUUCUUGGACCAGAAGAUAUUUGAGAAGUUGAUGAAGGAAGUUGUGGAGAAGACUAAGAAUGUGGUAGUGAGGAAGAGGGGAAGUGAGAAAAUGGGAAUGCUGGAGAGAUAUAGGUUUAAGAGGUAUAGCAGGUAUAAUCCGAUUGGGUUUGAUUCAAUAAAAUAUGGGAGAAGAUCUAGACAGUUGAAGGUUAGUGAUGUUAUACAGAUGAAUGAGGAUCAGAGAUAUGAGUUGUUUGACCAUUAUUUUAAGAGAAAUGAUUAGAUUAAUUUG